GACCGUGACACUUCCUCAUGCAAUAAAAGCCGAAUCUCUUUUUUUAGUUCACCGGCAUUUCAGCAUCAUCACGGCAGUUCGCGUUUGAUAUCGGAUUUUCAGGCGUAGUUUAUUUAUCGUUUUUAUUUAUACACUUUGUUUACAAGAUGCCUGGAUUUUCCGACAGAGAUCGUGGUAGAGAUAGAGGUUAUGGCAGCGGACCACCUCGUUUUGGAGGCGGCGGAAGAGGAGGUGGUGGUGGUGGGGGGAAGUUUGGUAAUCCCGGUGAUAGACUGCGCAAGAAGCACUGGAACCUUGACGAACUCUCUAAAUUUGAAAAGAACUUUUACCAAGAGCACCCCGAUGUUAAUCGUAGAUCUCCGCAAGAGGUUACACAGUACAGAAGUACUAAAGCUGUUACUGUGAAGGGGAGGGACUGCCCUAAUCCAAUUAUGAAGUUCCAUGAAGCCAGUUUUCCAACCUAUGUUAUGGAUGUCAUUAACAAAGCAGGAUGGUCAGAACCAACACCGAUCCAAGCACAGGGUUGGCCACUGGCGUUGAGUGGCAAGGACAUGGUUGGCAUUGCACAGACAGGCUCUGGGAAAACUCUCUCGUACUUGUUGCCUGCAAUCGUGCACAUUAACCACCAGCCUUUCCUGGAACGUGGAGAUGGCCCUAUUUGCUUAGUGCUUGCCCCUACCCGUGAGCUGGCUCAGCAGGUCCAGCAGGUGGCAGCAGAGUAUGGCAGAGCUUCUCGCCUGAAGUCUGUCUGCGUUUAUGGGGGCGCGCCCAAAGGGCCACAGCUCCGUGACCUGGAUAGAGGUGUGGAGAUUUGCAUUGCCACACCUGGCAGGCUUAUUGACUUCCUGGAAGCGGGAAAGACCAACAUGCGCAGAUGCACUUACCUGGUCCUGGAUGAGGCUGACCGAAUGCUGGACAUGGGUUUCGAACCACAAAUCCGAAAAAUUGUGGACCAAAUCAGACCUGACCGACAGACUCUGAUGUGGAGUGCCACCUGGCCCAAAGAGGUGCGCCAGCUGGCAGAGGACUUCCUGAAGGACUACGUCCAGAUCAAUGUGGGAGCUCUGCAGCUGAGUGCCAACCACAACAUCUUGCAGAUCGUGGAUGUUUGCAAUGAUGGCGAGAAGGAAGACAAACUCCUCCGCCUACUUGAAGAGAUCAUGAGUGAGAAGGAGAACAAGACAAUAAUCUUUACAGAGACCAAGAGGCGAUGUGAUGAGAUCACUAGGAGGAUGAGGCGGGAUGGUUGGCCAGCAAUGGGCAUCCAUGGAGACAAGAGUCAGCAGGAGAGGGACUGGGUGCUCAAUGAGUUCAAGUUCGGAAAGGCUCCAAUUCUCAUUGCCACAGACGUCGCUUCCAGGGGUCUAGAUGUUGAAGAUGUGAAAUUUGUCAUCAACUUUGACUACCCCAACAACUCUGAGGACUAUAUCCACCGCAUCGGCAGAACUGCCCGGAGCCAAAAGACUGGCACAGCCUACACCUUCUUCACCCCCAACAACAUGAGGCAGGCCAGCGACCUCGUUGCUGUGCUCCGUGAGGCCAACCAAGCCAUCAACCCUAAACUCCUCCAGAUGGCGGACAGAGGAGGUAAAUCUAAUUGGUCAUUCAAGGGGAGGCAGAGGUGGUAGUGGAUUUAGGGAUGACCGCCGGGACAGGUACUCCUCCGGGGGCAGGCGUGACUUCAGUAGCUUUAGGGACAGGGAAAACGAUAGAGGUUUUGACAGUGGACCAAAGAAGGUCUUUGGCACAAAUUCACAGAGUGGAGGCUAUGGGGCAAGUGGCUUUGACAAAAGCGGCAAUGGUUUUGGCGGCUACGGCAGCAACGGCCAGUCAAACUAUGGUACCAGCCAGGCCGGGGCGUUCCCAACGCAGAACUUCCAGGCCCCACAGUUUAAUGCCAACCAGGGAGGUACACAGAAUGGCAUGAGCCAUCAACAGUUCCCCUUCACACAGCAACAAGCGCCACAGCCCAUGGUGCCUUACUCAAUGCCCCCUCAAUUCCCACAGUAAACAUCCACAUGAAAGUAAAGAUGGUAACUUAUUGCUUUUUUGUCUUGUUUAGUCCUAUACUCUAUCCAAAAUUGUACUGUUUAAUUUUUUACACAGGGUUCAAUUGAUUUUUUUUAACCUCUAUCAAGUCCUUGUGGGGGGGGGGGGUCCUGCAGUGCAGCAAUAGUGAUGGUGCACAGUUUUGCUUUCUUUUGCUUAUUUAAUUUGUUACAUUCCUCAGUGAUGUUUAGUCUUUGUACUAUUUCUUGCAGAUGUAUUGUUUUGUCCCACCUGUACCAUUUAAAGUGAUAUGUUAAGAUCUUAACUGGGAGGCAUGGCCUUUCGAUUAAAAACCAAAAAUACA